CUUACAGCACUUAUCAAUGGUAUUUCAGUAUUUGAUUAACAAUAAACGUUGUUGGGGUUAUGAACCAAAUUGUGACCGGAGUAACAGUUAUUCGUUUCAAAAAAUAAAAUGUUUGGAGACAGAUUAUUGGAAUCCGGGUACUUCAGAGUCAGUACUGGAUAUUUAUAAAAAACAAGGCGAUUUCGAGAAGUUGAAAGAAAUUCUGAAUACUAUUAAACCGAUUUGCAGUUCAAACAGUGCAGAAGGAAGCUUUCUGGAAUGCUCCGAUCACUUAAGAUUUUGUCGAGCAAGAAAUAUUUAUUUCAACUUAGAAAAUUUGAACGCUCAAACUUCGAAAAGAUAUCGUAAUGAUGUUAUUCGGGAAGGCGAAGUCGGUGGUAAAUGUGAUUUGAAAUUCGACAGAAAACUGUUAUUGAGUAGACUAGAUGAAAAAAGUUAUUUGCAGAGUUGGGCUCAUGAAUUGGAAAAUUUUGUAUCUUAUUCUGGUUUUCGAAUUGAUAAAGAACAUUGUGAUGUAAUUUUCGAGAAUCCGACGGUGCUGAUAAAAUUGGAUGCGUCAGUUAGCAUGUACCACCACUUCUGUGAUUUUAUUAAUCUUUAUGCAAGCCAGCAUGUUAAUGGUUCUAUUGAUAUGAAUAUCGACAUUAUGUGGUGGGAUACAUGGCUAGGAGGUUUUGUGGAUUCCUUAUUUGGAGAAACAUGGAAAGCUUUCACUAUUAAUAAACCUUAUGAAUUAAUUAAUUUUGACAAAAAAACAGUUUGUUUCCGGAAUGUCAUGUUCUCAAUGCUUGCACGGCAGAGAUUUGGCUUGUACUACAAUAUCCCAUUAGUUGAUGGCUGUAGAGGAAGUGGUUUGUUUCAUGCAUUCUCUCAGCAUAUUCUUAAUCGACUAUCUAUCCGGCAGCAUGGACCGAUAUUAGAUAAAGUUCGUGUAACUUUACUGUCAAGAAGCACUCCGUUUAGGAGGAUAACAAAUGAAGAUGAAGUAAGCUUCGCUUUCUUCUACAUUUUUGUAGUUUACUUUUAAAU